AUGCAUGGACGGCUGUCCUUCUACUCUGGCCACUACUCCUUUGGCAUGUACUGCAUGUCGUUCCUGGUGCUGUACGUGCAGGCCUGGCUCUGCUGGAAGUGGGCCCGGCUGCUGAGGCCCACCGUUCAGUUCUUCUUGGUGGCUUCUGCCAUCUAUGUGGGCUAUAGCCCAGUGUCUGACCACAAGCACCACUGGAGUGAUGUCCUCGUCGGCCUCCUUCAGGGAGCCCUGGUGGCCUGCCUCAAGGUCCGCUACAUUUCAGAUUUCUUCAAAUCCCGGCCGCCCCAGCCCUGCCAGGAGGGUGAAGAGCCAGAGCGCAAGCCCAGUCUGUCGCUGACGCUGACCCUUGGUGACCGACCCUAGCUGCUAUGGAAGCUGGAAAGUCACCCGUGGGCCAGUCAUGUGUUGGCCCCAU